ACUGAGCUGAUAUCAGGGGACCAAAAUGGAAAUAUUCGUGUGUGGGAUUUGACAGCAAAUUCAUGCAGCUGUGAGUUGGAUCAUCAACCUAUUCUUUUCAACAGGGGAUCAAAUUAACCAUAGGUAAGAUGAGAACAAAGAUAAACCCUCAUAGUUUAUUUAAUGAUUUUAUGUUGGAUUGACUAAGAUAGAUGGAUUGAAUGUUGGAUUGAAUGAUUUUUCUUAAAUCUGCUGUGGGAAGAAUUUGUGUAGGGGGUAUUGGAGAAACAGUGAAUUUGAUUUUAUGUUGUAAUGGAUAUAUAUAUAU